AUGCGACCAAUUGCGAUCACUGUUCUGGCGCUCAUCGCUAAUUCGAUAUAUUGUCGAAAACUAACCGAUUCGGAAAACGUUGACAGACUUGAAACGUGCGGAAGACAGCAACCAGGUGAGACUUUUGGAGUUGCGGUGUUUGCGUACUUUACAUCAGAUGCGACGACAACUCCCUGGAUGGCCUCGAUUCACUUCGAAGUGCUCGGCACCGGGUCGGCGUUCGUCAGCGCAAGUGUCGUGUCGAAGAGACACGUGCUCACCGACAGUUCGCUCGUUUUCAAUUGGGAUCCCAACAUGGACGGCUCCUUCCUCCACUAUUUCGACAGAUCCGCAGCGAAUUUGAGCGCUUGUGAGAAUUCGUGAGUUCAAAAGACGAGUUGGGAGCGGAGAAAAGUUGUUUUUCAGAACGAUGCAAAUCCCGGAUCGAAUUGUCAAGAGCUGGACGAUCACCGUCUUCUCCGAGCAGAAAUUCCACGGCCGGAACGCGUCACGGGCGGUUUACAUCGGAAACUGCAUGCGGAACUUGCCGAGCUUCGGUCUGAUUCUGAUCGAGACCGAGCUCGAAAUCGAUGCGAGCACCGCUGUUCCGAUUUGUGUUCCGCGUGCGUUACACAACGUUAGUCUGUUCGAAACAAGCGUUUUUUUUCUUUUUUCAGAUAAGUCAAUAGCAUUCCUGAACGAAACUGUCGAGUAUUUCGGAUUGGAAAGCACAAAGCACUACCCGCGUCAGAAUUGGAGUGAAAGCAUCAAAGUGAACACUGUGAAAGCUGUUGUAAGUUUGCAAACAUCGAAAUAUGUACUAACAAGCAGAGUUGAGCGGAAGAACUCAACGGAAGAAGACGGAAGAAUUUUUAUCUUUUUUUGAAAUUUUUUUCAUGAAAUGUGAUCAACUGACGAAAUGUAAAGCAAAGUGAACUGUGCUCAUAGAAAAAUAAUUGUAAAUUUAGCUUUUUAUACAAAAAAGUUAUUCGAGUUGUUCCGUGAAAAAAGGAGGGCUAACGGAAGACGGAACGAAUAACUUUUUUGUAUGAAAAGCUAAAUUUACAAUUAUUUUUCUAUGAGCACAGUUCACUUUGCUAUACAUUUCGUCAGUUGAUCACAUUUCAUGAAAAAAUUUUCUAAAAAAGAUAAAAAUUCUUCCGUUGAGUUAUUCCACUCAACUCUGCUAACUAGGCGCUUUCAGAUCAAGAAAUGUGAAGUUGAUAAGUGGUUCAACGACAUUUCGGUUUGUAUCUCAAACCAAGAGUGCUUGAACGAUCUGGGCGGUCCGUUUGUGAAGCGAAUCGAUGGAGUCGCCCAUGCUCUCGCUGUUUCUCAUUAUUGUGAGUCGGGCUACUGCGCUCUAAUGCAAAAAAAACAUUGAUGGAAUUGUUGCAGCAUUCUGCCAGAAUUCAACCGACGAAUGGAUUGACAGACAGCUGUCAGUGGAAGCAUUUUCUUCGGAAAUUUGCGCAUUUUCGGGCGUGUGUCCAUAUCAGGUGCCUCCGAUUUCGGGCCCACUGGAAACAUCUUCGAGCACGACGGAAGUUGGAGAAGAAGCAGAAGAAGAAGGAGAAGAAAAGGAACAUGAUCAGGUUCUAAAUCAAGUGGAAGUGGAGUAUUACGAUGAGACGUCGGCGGGAAGGAAAUGGAUCGGAAUUGAGACACUUGUGAUUCUGAUCGUGUCUCUUUUUGACAGCAUAACUCGAGAAUAA